AUCCAAGAAACGAAGGUUAAAAGCAACAAGAGAAUGAGGUGGAGGCAGUGAAAUGGCGGAGCGAAACCCUCGCGAUACCCCGGCCGGGACUGCGGCCGCGACCGCGAGGGCGGAGGCGAACGUAUUCUCGUCCGAACCGAGAUCGUUCAAGAUGGAUCGUAGGUCUCCGGAGGCGUCCGCGCUCCGGGACGCCGUGUCCAGGAAGCUCCUCGAGUUCCUCGGUAGCUACUCCGAUGAUGUCCUCACGGAGUACAUCAUAGUUCUUGUUUGCAAUGGGAAACAUCAGAAUCAAGCACGAGAUGACCUGGAGGCAUUUCUUGGCAAUGAGAGUGAAAAGUUUGUAGCAUGGCUUUGGGAUUAUCUAUCUGAUCAAAUAAAUGUUUCAAAGCCGCAACUCGACUCUUUGGACAUAAAAACCAAGUCUAUGGGCAGUAUUUGUGAUCCAUCAAGCUACAACAGAAACUUCAGUUCCACAAACGAAAUUGAAGAUUCAGAGAGGUGUAAAGAUUGGUGUCCCAGUUAUAGCCCUUCUGUUGAUGUGCAUACAGAUGUACCACAGGAACAAGCAUGUGCAGCUUAUGACAAGGUGGGUUUAACCAACAAAAAUCAAAGUGGAUUGAAAUUAUAUAUGAAAGCUAGCUUGAUGUUCUCUCCUAAAACAUUUUCUGGUGGUGAGCAACGCAUACAAGGUGAAAGUCAGCAGCAGAAGAUAGCUGAAAGCAAUUCAAGUGCAUUGCCUUGUCAACCUUUGCAUGUGCCAGAGACAGAACAAGUUGCGAAGAAUUCACAACCAAUUAUUAGGGAGGAUAUUAAACCUAAAUAUCUAUCCAUUAGAAGUGAUGUUCAAAGGAGGUUUUCUGCAAAUAAUGUGGUCGUUGAAGAGGCUCAAAUUGCUCGGCCUCGUGGUAACGUUUGGGAUAGGCUAGGCAAACCAUGCAAAGACGAUGAGUCUAUAUUGGGAGUGGAAAAACAUCAUAUCGUCAAAAGAGAAAAAAUAAACAAUAAUGUAGAAGAACUUCAAGAUCCAAGGCCAAUGUUGGUUAAGCCAUAUACAAGACUAAUCAGUGACGAGACCGAAAAGGUUGCUGUACUUGAUAAAGGUCAUGGAAAAAUAAUAUCCAACAAUCAUCCAGGGGGAUAUGAUAUAAAGGAGCAUGCUACCCAGGGCUCACUUGAUCAAUUGGUUAGAUCAAAAAGGAAGAGACAUUAUAAUGGUACUACUUGUGGCAACACUUCAGCAUCUCUUUCUGGCAGCGAGGAAAAUUUUCUGCAAGAUAAAGACACAUUUCACAGGACAAAAGGGUCCUUGUCUGUUAAACAUCAAUGUUUGCCUAGGUCAAAUGAGUUAGCAACUAAUGCAAAAAGGACUACCGGAAUGUUUCCAGAACCGGAACUCUCUUCAUUGAGAUCUUUGAGUGAGCAUAAAGCACCUGCUGAUAAAGUAGUUCAAUCUCUGUUGAAGGAGAACACUUCAUCAACAACUGCAAUGCAGAAUGCAGUUCCAAGUGGUAGUUCAGCAUUAUAUAAAUCCAAGUCCAUUAAAUAUGCAAGUGAAAACAGUGGAACUAGGCCCGUGCAAAAUGAAAUGCUUGAUUUAAAAUUAAAACUACAUCAAGUAGAGAAGGAUAUGCAUAUGCUCCGUUCAAAGCAGGCAAAUUUGAAUAACUCAAAACCUGUCCCACCAUCAGGUCUGCAGAACAGCUUGAAGGAAGAUGCUGAAUCAAGGACCGUUUUUGUCACAAAUGUACAUUUUGCGGCAUCAAGAGAAGCAUUAUUAUCACAUUUUAUGAAGUGUGGAUCAAUUGCUAAAGUGACUAUGCUAACUGACACGACAACUGGUCAACCAAAAGGGGAAGCAUAUAUCGUCUUUGCCAACAAAUGGUCAGUUGAUAAGGCAAUAUCAUUGAGUGGGACCUCAUUCUUUUCUCGGACAUUGACGGUAAUGCCAAAGGCAGAUAUGUCUCCAGGAUCCUUGACACAGACUCCGCCCUCUAUGAAGCUUCCACAGCCACGGUAUCCUGAAUUGUACAAGAAGGUUCCUGUCCAAAGACAUUACACGAAAUCUCACCUCCAGUGGCGACGAGAUGAGUCAGCAAGCGACACCUCUGUUCCCGUCCCUACAAACAAGAUGGAAUCCUCUAGUGCUGCAAAGUAGAUGGCUAUCAGCCUUGCAUGUGAUCCUAUGAUGAGUCAUUGCAUCUAUAUACCGAGAUCUGGAUUCCAACAGGAAAAGACGAGACUUGUGAGAAGAAGUAUGUUGUGUCGAGGACCUUCAGUAACUUCAUGGUCCAACAAUAUUAUGACGACAAACGCAUGGCUGAGCAUUUGGAACCUCACACUACGCUGCCACGGAGCAGCUUAUAAGUGAAACUUCUCAUUGCAGCUACAUGUACCAUGAUCAUCUUGCUUCUCACUUUCAGUACGAAUGCAAUCUCAUCCA